GGCUGGAACGCGCAGAUUCGCUUCCAUACAAAUUAUUUAGCCACAUGCAUGCUAUGUUGAAUUCAAAAGACUUAUCACGAUGUUGAACAUUUUUAAGCUUUUUAAGUUAACCCUGAUGAUAAUCAUAUUAUCCUUACAAGAAUCUUCUGGGGCGAAAAGGAAAACCGACACAUCACCGUGUGGAUACCGCAUAAUUAAGAGACUAGAAAACUGCUGCGCUUUUCCUGAACUCAUUGCCAAUGACGUGUUCGUCUCCUGCCAUGAGGAGUUAAAAAUCAAUGAGCAACCUCAACAAGGAGGACUGGAAAUUUCUACUGAGCAAUCAGGAAAACGCCUUAAAAAAUACUCUGCAUCUGCAAAGAAGCGCGGUACGCGAGACGCUACAUACAAAGUCGGUUGGGGUGGUGGAAGGUCAUUGGGAACCUACAGGGGCGGCAGAAAGAGCCAAGGGCAAGCCAUGUGCAUUUACGAUUGCGUUCUUCGAAAUCAGUCCUUGAUUCAAAGUGAUGGUGAAAUCGACACCACCAAAAUGGAAAAGAGUUUCACUGAUUCCGCGCCGUCGGAAUGGAAGCAAAUAAUCAAAGAUGCUUUCAGUGAGUGCUCUGGAUUAUACAGAAAAGUGAAGCAGUCUUCUUUGCCUGCGCCAAAAACUUCCUCUUCUGGCAGAACGUGUCGCUUUGGACCUGCUUUGUACAUGUCUUGCCUCAGACGUUAUUUUACUUUGAACUGCCCCCAAUCCUCAAUAUUAUCGAUAGAUAAUACUUGCAAAGAAAAGAUCGAUUUGCUCAAAACUUGUGACCCCUUUAAAGUGCGAGGCAGCGCUGGACGUGCUGGGAAAUAUUGGGGCGCAGCCGAGGUUGACGAAGAGAAGGCACCAGAAUCGGCGCAAUUAAACGUGGCACCAAAAAACGUGGCCUCUUUUUCUAAAGGAAAACGCCGCCGCGGGCGAUAUAACUAAAACUUUGUAGUUGUGAAAUAUUUACGCUAUAAUAAUUAUAAAAUAUGCAAAUAAAUACAAAAUA